CCCAUUAUUCCUCUCUUCUCUUCUCACUCUCCAAUGUUAAACUUUUCCUAAUCCUUUUUUUCACCCUUCUACUAAACCCUCCCAAGUCCUAAGAUGAUUCUUACUUAAUAUCUAGUAUCUAUCUACCCCUUUUUAUUUUUUAUUUUAUUUUACCUCCCUCACUUCCCCUGUUUUACUCUGUUUUUUUUUUUUUAUUGUUUACCUUCCUUCAUAGGGGUCUCUGUUUUUUGCAUUUUUCAUUUCCCAAUUUUCUUCCAUACCCAUUUCCGAUAAUAACAUUCUCCACAUUGUUCAAUUCAAUUCGCCUCGGAUUACGUCCGUUUCCGUUCCAAAGUUCACUUUUUUAAUCUUGUUCUGUUCUGUUUCUGUUUUGCAUUUCUGAAACACCUUGUUUGGGUUGGGUUGGAACUUGGAAUUGCGAAUGGGGAUUGGGAAGAACCUAUCUAAAGGGAGUGAGGUGCAGAGAGAGACAAUCACGAACAGCAAAUCAAGGAAGAAUCGACGACAACGUUCGAGGAAGAUGAUGAUGUCAUUGUCGCCGGGGGAGAAGCUCUUCGAUACUUGCUACCAAGUUUUCGCCAAUGGCGGACCUGGCAUCGUUCCUCCACCAUCCCAAAUUGAGAACCUUCGUUCCGUUUUAGAUGCAAUAACACCAGAAGAUGUUGGAUUGAAGCCUGACAUGCCAUAUUUCACUGUCAACAGUGUUCAAGGAACACCAACAAUUACAUACCUGCACAUUUAUGAAUGUGAAAAAUUCUCGAUGGGAAUAUUUUGCUUGCCAGCCUCUGGGGUGAUUCCUCUUCAUAAUCAUCCUGGAAUGACGGUUUUCAGUAAGCUUCUUUUUGGUACAAUGCACAUCAAAUCUUAUGAUUGGGUCGUUGACAUGCCUCCUCAUAUGCCAACCAUUUUCAAGCCUUCAGCCCAGACUCCUGAGAUGAGAUUAGCCAAAGUCAAGAUUGAUGCUGAUUUUACUGCUCCUUGUAACCCUGCCAUCCUUUAUCCUGCCGACGGCGGCAACAUGCAUUGCUUCACGGCUGUGACGGCUUGCGCGGUUCUUGAUGUUCUUGGUCCUCCAUACAAUGAUCCUCAAGGCAGGCACUGCACAUACUAUCUAGAUUUCCCUUUUUCCAACUUUUCAGUUGAUGGAUUAUCCAUACCAGAAGAUGAAAGCAAUAACUAUGAAUGGCUUCAAGAGAAGGACAAACCUGAUAAUGUCAAAGUUGUUGGACAAAUGUACAGUGGCCCUAUGAUUGUAGAGAGCUGAAGAAAGUGGAAGCAGCUUCAAUGUUUCAUCAUUUGACGCCAUCCUUUAUCAUAUCCUCUAGUGAAAAAAUCCUUUUCUAGACUAAUUAGUCCCUUUUUUAAGGUUUUUCUAGGUGAAUGAAUGAAGGGUGGUGUCUUCAAUCUUCUACAAUUUAGUGUGUACAUAUACCAAAGACAGGAAAAGGAUAAAACAUGAUGCUGCACUGGAAAAUGAAGGCAAGAAUGAAGGUGCAGAUGCAAAUUGAGCUAGUUUUUCGCUUUAGUCAUUUCAUUUUAUUUUUACUUUUUUGAAAAUGGUUUAGAGCUGAAAAGGGUAGUGUCUAGUGCUAAAAAGGGUCAGUUGUUUUUACUUAUUUUAAUUAGUAUAUGCUUCUUCUUCUUCUACUGUUAAUGGCAAUGGAUGGUGUUGUGUUUAGUGCAA